AUGGCUAUCGAUAACGAUCCAGAAGAGAUGGAAUUUGAGGCCGUAGAGCCAAUGGAUGAUGAUGAUGCCAGCAGUGAAGGUAGCGAAAAUAACGAGGAAGAAACUGGGAAGAGAAAGGUAAGACAUUCGUAAUUAUUGGUGUAUUCGUUUAGGUGUAUAUUCCUGGAGUGAGCCGACAGUUGAAAGAAGGAGAAGAGCUGGAAUAUGAUCCAGAUGCCUACAAGAUUUUUCACACGUUUGAGACUGGUAAGUAUCUUCGGCAUUGUUAGUUAUUCCAUUUUUAGAGAACCCAUGUCUUUCUUUUGAUGUCUUGAACGACAAUCUCGGUGAUAAAAGAGAGAAAACACCACUGACGUGCUAUUUGGUUGGUGGCACUCAAGUGGAGAAGAUGAAUCAAAAUCAGAUUAUUGUAAUGAGAUUGAGUAACAUGUAUGGAAUUGCUGACGAAAUGUCAGAGUCGGAAGAUGAAGACGAAGAUCCAGAAGACGACGAUGAGGAGGCUGCCAAGAAGAAGAAAGAAAAGGAACCUGUUCUGACUACGGCUAUAAUCAAGCAUCAAGGUGAAGUGAACAGAAUAAAGGUGAGGGGCUUUCCAAUGUGUUUCUUGCCCUUAGUAUUGGCUUCGAUAUCAUUUUUGCAGAGUCAAUCAUUAGGCCCGUCAGAAGUGUGCGCUGUGUGGAAUUCCACAGGAAAAGUUCAGAUCUGGAAUCUGAAUGCGGCCUUGGAGAAGAUAAAUGCACUUGAGGACACAAAGAGAAUGGUGAAACUCGAAAAUGAGCGUCCCAUCUUUUCCUUCGACGGUCAUAGUGCUGAAGGAUUUGCUUUGGAUUGGUCUCCUCUUCGCCCGGGAGCUUUAGCCAGUGGCGAUCAACAUAAGAAAGUGAGUGUUUCGGUUCAUCCGUCAAUUGUUUAUGUAUCAAAUUUUUUAUCAUCAUUCUUCUAGAUUUUCUUGUGGUCUAUGGGCGAAGGAGGACAAUGGUCGGUCAAUCAGCGACCUCUGACCGGUCACAAUGACUCCGUCGAAGACAUUCAAUGGUCCAAUACUGAAGAGAGUUUGUUGGUUUCAGUGUCGGUUGAUAAGAGCAUCAGGCUUUGGGACAUUCGAGCUCCGGCUGCCCAAGCCUGUGUUUGUAAAGUGGAGAAUGCACAUGAAAGUGACAUUAAUGUGGUUGGAUGGAACAAGUACGAUCCUUUGAUCGUAACUGGCGGUGAUGACGCUGUUGUCAAGGUCUGGUCGCUCAAAAAUAUUCAGGUAGGUAAAUUCGUCAUCUCAGUAUACGUCUUAUUGCAGUACGGGCAAGCGGUUGCUCGAUUCAAGCAUCAUAAAAGCCCAAUCACAUCAGUUGAAUGGCAUCCUGAGGAUUCAACGACGUUUAUGGCCUCCGGUGAGGAUAAUCAAAUCACCUUCUGGGAUUUGGCAAUGGAAACAGAUACUGGUGCGGAUGAGGAUCUUGAUGGCAUUCCUCCUCAAUUACUAUUUGUUCACAUGGGAUUGGAAGAGAUCAAGGAAGUUCAUUGGCAUCCCAAAAUAAAUGGAUUGGCACUGGCCACGGCAUUGAAUGGAUUCCAUGCGUUCAGAACUAUAAAUAUCUAA